AUGGCCGCAGACCCCGAGAGGGGGGCGCCGCGCGUGCUGUUCGCCGAGUGGCUGCUGGGCGAGGUGGGCAGCGGCCGCUACGAGGGGCUGCGCUGGCUGGACGCGGCCCGCACGCGCUUCCGCGUGCCCUGGAAGCACUUCGCGCGCAAGGACCUGGGCGAGGCGGACGCCGGCAUCUUCAAGGCCUGGGCCCUGGCGCGCGGCAGGUGGCCGCCCAGCAGAAGCGCAGGCCUGCCGGCCCCCGACGGCCAGCUGCUGGCGUGCUGGAAAACCAACUUCCGCUGUGCCCUGCGCAGCACCAAGCGCUUCGUGAUGCUGCAAGACAACUCGGCAGACCCCAGCGACCCGCACAAAGUGUUCACACUCAGCUCCGAGGAGGGGUGCGGAGGAAGUCCAGGCAUUGGCCAGGGCGACCACAAGGCUUAUGAAGACGCCCCACCCACCAGGGGGGCGCUCCCUGGGCCAUGCCUGGCAGAUGCCGGUGAGAGUCCUGGGCCUGGACCAGCCAGGUGGAGCCCCGUGCCCGGCGCCCCCAGCCCUCUGGUGAGCCUGGCGGCCUGCGCCGGGGACCUCCUGCUGGAAGCCAUGGAGCAGAGCCACCUGGAGCACCUGCUGGAGGCCCCUCCCGAGACCUGUGGUGAGGGGCUGCUGAACAGUGGUGCUGUGCCAGGGGAGGGCGGCCCAGAGCUGCCAGCCGGGGAGCUGGAGCGGGCCCCCAGCCCCAGGUCACUGCCCCUGGGCCCGGUGACAGACGCAGGUCCAGCCCCUGGGAUCUGGCAGUCCCCCCCUGAGGCGGAGCCCUGCACCCCACUGGUGGAGCCCAGCCUGGGACCCCUGCUCGUGACCAUCAUGUACAAGGGCCGCACGGUGCUGCAGGAGACCGUGGGGCGCCCCAGCUGCGUGCUCCUGUACGGGCCCCCCGGCUGUGCCACGCAGGCCCCAGAGCCCCAGCUGGUGGCCUUCCCCUGCCCCACCCAGCUCGCCGACCAGAAGCAGCUCUACUACACAGAGAAGCUGCUCCAGCAUGUGGCGCCCGGCCUGCGGCUCCAGCUCCGGGGGACGGGGCUGUGGGCCCAGCGCCUGGGCAAGUGUAAGGUCUACUGGGAGGUGGGCAGCCCCCUGGGCUCCGACAGCCCCUCCGCCCCCGCGUGCCUGCUGGAGAGGAACUGCGACACCCGCAUAUUCGACUUUGGCACCUUCUUCCGAGAGCUGGUGGAAUUCCAGUCUCGCAAGCGCAGGGACUCCCCGCACUACACCGUCUACCUGGGCUUUGGGCAGGACCUGUCAGCCGGGAGGCCCAAGGAGAGGAACCUGGUGCUGGUGAAGCUGGAGCCGUGGCUGUGCCAGGCGUACCUGGAGAGGGUGCAGAGGGAGGGUGUGUCCUCCCUGGACAGCGGCAGCCUGGGCCUCUGCCUGUCCAGCUUCAACAGCCUGUACGAGGAGCUGGAGCACUACCUGGAGCACCUCAUGGAGGUGGAGCAGCCAGCCUAG